AUGUAUCGUGUGAAUCAGGACAGCUAUAAAAAUGGAGGCAAGAAGGCACUGUUAAUAGAAAAGCAAUGUCUCGGUACUACCAAACGCAACUUAUGGAGCGCCGAUGAACCUCUGACAAACUUGAUUUUGUCAACGGAUAUUCCUGUUGAUGCAGAUGCUGACGCCGACGACACUGGGAUACCUAUCGUCUGUUCCGUGUGCUGUACCGGAAGUAUGUGUAACAGCGGCGGCUGCGGGCACGACAAGUUCGCCGACCUAACUUCAGGCUCUCGUGGCCCAAUCUGCUUCAACUGCUACCAACAACUUAACACAGACGACUGCGAUAAAAUACUGAUGUGUGGCCGCGACGAGGUUUGUGACCUAAGGGAGACGACAGUUGGAACGACCACCGAAGUUCUCUGGAAGACGUCAUGUGUUAGUCGUCAGAUGUGCCCCGCAUUGACGCACCCGACGCUUGUUGGAAAGAAGGCCCAAUCAGGGAACUUGUGUUGUAACACAGAUCUUUGCAAUUCCGUAGACGUGUGAAGUAACUUGGACCAUGGUUUACCGUCGAUGAUUGUGUUGGCAUGUUACAACGAAAAUACAACAACACCUUUG